CCGUCAGUGUAAAUACGACUGUUUACAGAAAUCCUAGAAUAAAAACAGUUUCAAAAAGCUGUAAAAAGAAAAGCUAAAAUGGACAAUUGUGAUUUGGAGAAGCUUGCAAUUUCGGGACAGACGUUGCAGCCUGCGUUCAAAGCAGAUGUAACAACUUAUAAAGUUACUGUUGCAAGCGAUGUCGACCAGGUUACAUUGGACCUGCUCACAAGUGACUGCGGAGCCAAUUAUAAAAUCCGUUGUGGUGAUGGCUCAAAGUCCAUCAAACUGAAUGAUGGAUUGAAUUUGGUUGAAAUAGAGGUGGGAGCCGAGGAUGGCACCUCCAAAAAAUACUGCAUUGAGGUCACCAAACUGUCUGCGAGGACUGCAGAGUUGAGUGAUCUUACAAUUGAAGGAAAUGUUCAAUUACAACCUACAUUUUCGGCAAACAUCUAUGAUUACUCAAGCACAGUUCCUUUCUACUGUAAUUCGGUGACCAUACUGCCCAAAGUUCCUGAUAAAAACAUGAAAGUUUCAGUGAAUGAAGAAAGUGAUUGCCAACCUUCUCCAUUGACUGUUGGAGAAACUGUCGUCAGUAUCAAGGUCUUGUCAGCAGAUGGCAGCAAUUCUCAGAUGUACUAUGUGUUGGUGAUGCGAGAGCAGAUUCCCAUGGCUGUGACUUUCAGGGAUGUGAAAGAGCAGGUCUCCUAUGAGUGCCCUGUCACUCUGACGGCCCUCUACAGACCCAUAUCCAUCAACCAGAGUGAUCCACAGCACCUGUUCUCAGCCCCCUACAUUGACAUGCUGGCGAGAAGGUCGAAGGUCGACCCGCUAAACGAGUGUCCCCUUGGAGACAGCUGGAAGGUUCUGGAACACGACCUGGAUAAGACCAUGUCUUCUGCGUUGGUCAAGUGCUUCUUUGCAUACCGAGGAUGUGAGAGUGUGGUGAAACUGGCUGAAGUGGGGUCACAUGCACUGGAGUGUCCACACAAACCCUCAACGGACCUGGACCCAAAGGACGUCACUGAGACUAACUGGUACAAGAAGCAUUUUGCAUCCUCGACCUGCUUGGAGAUAGAAACCAAACACACUUUGGAGGUGCGUAACUGGGAGAAGAGACUACAAAAGGCAAUAGGACAGGAUAGUGUCGAUAAUCUGUGUUCCCUGGCCCAGGACAAUCUGAAACUCUACAGAGAGCGUCUGCCCAAACCAGGUGACCUGCUGCAGUAUGAGGAUGGUCAGUCUCCUCUGGACUGUCUGGAGCAGGCUGCAGUCUAUUAUGCCUCAGCCAUCAAGCUGAAGCCCCGAGACCCCAGACUCCACUUCCUCCUGGGGCUGGCCCUGGAGGAGCAACACUAUGCAGCAGAGAUGUACGGACUGAGGAGGAAAUCUGAUGGGGACGUUGAGGACCUGAGCAGUGCCAAGUCCACGGCGCGUCAGGAUGACAUCCUGGCUGUGUGUAAGCUGCAUGGCUUCCCUGGCACGCCUACCAUGGAGAACCAGCUCCAGGCCCUGGACACAGAGUACCACCAGCUGAAAGAUCAGGGCCAGUCAGGCAAAGCAGACUACAUUCAGACCCUGUUCAUCUUCCUCUCCAAGAAGGCAGGCAAGGAUGGCAGUGCGGGCGUGGGGGACGAAGAGAGCUGUAUCCACCGGGCCCUUCUGAAGUACCUGGAUGCCUGGUCGCUGAACCAGGACUUCUGGGAGUACAACCUCCACGUGGGGCGUAUGCUGCUGCUGCAGAAGAGGAACAAGGAGGCACUGCAGCACCUGCAGACCGGACUGGCCCUGCGGCCCUCACAGCCAGCACUUAGGUUCUUCACAGGUCUGGCUCUACUGCUACAGGAGGAAGCCUCAGAGGCUGUGGAGAAGGAGGCAGCCCUGUUUUUACAACAAGGCCUGGAGCAUGUUAUAGCACAGUCCUGCAACAUGGAGAACAACUACAGUGGUUUGGAGCCGAGCGUGACAGACCCUCUGUCCAGUGUGAGAACACAGUUCCUGCGUGGCUGCCUCACCCUAGGUGCCCUCCAACAGAAGAACACUCUCUCUCAGAAGCCAAUGAGUUCAGAGCAGGUCUAUCACACUGUUGUGGUGCUGGCAGCCCGCGGUGUGUGUCGGUGCGUGUGUCGGGACGAGGUGGCCCAGCAGCUGGAGUGGGUGUUGCUAGAUGCCCACUUUGCCCUCCUCCAGAGCCUCAUUCAGCAAAAGAAGGCUGCUGGGUUGACUCAGGGUCAGGGCAAACAGGGAGAGACAGAGAGACAGGCCUGGGUGGCCAAGAGGUGUCAGGCUCUCACAGGUCUGAUCCGCCUCACCUCCAUCCCCGCCUGCAGGGAGCUGAUGGACAUGCAAGAGAAGGUCUGCCAGGUUGCCGUGGUAACAACUCCUCGUGACAGCCACGCGCUGUGUCUCCUGGGGCUGGCCCAGCUGGCUCAGUGUGACAACGACCACGGCUCCCAGAGGUUAGAAGGAGCCAUUGCCAACGCCUGCCUCAGCUUCCAGGCAAGCAUCGAACUGGAGGACAAGCCUCAGAGCGGAGAGCCACCCACACAGCUCACCAAGCAGCAGUGGUGGCAGGACAGGCUGGCAGCAGACAAGGAGAAGGCAGUCAAGGGGACAGCCAGCCAGGGAGCGGGUGGGGGUGGCUCUGGGCCUCCUGACACUGCAGUGGCUGCCGGGAGAGGAUGUGGGCGUGGCAUGGGAGGUCCUGCUAGAGGGGGUACUGCGGCUGCAGCCAAGACCCCCACGAGAGGAGGCAAGACUGCCCCUCCAGCCAAAAACACCCCUUCUACUGCCCCUCCAGCCAAAAACACCCCCUCUACUGCCCCUCCAGCCAAAAACACUCCCUCUACUGCCUCUCCAGCCAAACACACCCCCUCUACUGCCCUUCCAGCCACCGUGUCUCCAUCCAGCAGGGGGCAAGUUGGAGCAGCCAAAACUCCUGGCCCUGCCAAGCCCAGCAGCUCCAAGACCCAGCUCAUCUCCCCCAGCAAGUCUAAACCAGACUGCUCCCCAAGCCCAGCCAAACCUGUGCCCACAGAAGAGUCAGCUGUGGCAGAGAGUAGCAAUGUUCACCCCAAAGCUCUGUUGAACCGUCGAUCCCAUGCCCCUCGCCUCGGCUUGGCCCGCGCCCUCUCCCGCUCCGCAGACAGCCACGACCAGGCACACCAGCUCUACCAGGAGGUCAUCACCAUGGCACCAGAGGUCCACGAUGCGUACAUUGAGCUGGCAGAGAUGCUGGGGCAGUCCGACCCCCUGGCUGCUGUAGAGGUGUACUGUCGGUUCCCCCUGAAGCCCGUCUCAGAGCAGAACUUUGACGACGCCUUCAUCACCGGAGAGAUCGUACGCAUCCUGAUGAAACAAGGCCUCUACGAGCACCCAGAGCUGGGACACAACCUCAUCGCCUACGGGAAAGUAAUGGGCCUGGGUUGCCUUGAGAAAUACAUCAACAUCCUCGAAGGGAAGUUCAUGAGCAGCCUUCUGAAGAGAGUGUAUGCUGGGAUCCAUGACAAAUCAGUGGAAGACAAGGAUCUGCAGGAUUUCUUCAAGUUCAAGUGCUGGAUAUGAACUUUCCUUUCAUAAAGAGACUGGCUGUUUAUUCCUUGAUCAAAGUAUGAAUGUAUGAUCUUUAGACCAAUCGGCUAGUCACAUCAUCUUUAGACCAAUCGGCUAGUCACAUCAUCUUUAGACCAAUCGGCUAGUCACAUCAUCUUUAGACCAAUCGGCUAGUCACAUCAUCUUUAGACCAAUCGGCUAGUCACAUCAUCUUUAGACCAAUCGGUUAGUCACAUCAUCUUUAGACCAAUCGGCUAGUCACAUCAUCUUUAGACCAAUAGGCUAGUCACAUCAUCUUUAGA